GGAGAAGAGAGAUAAAUGUCUACCGCUUUGGACUCCUCGUAGUUCAUAGUCUUCUUGUAGACCUUGGAGACUCCGGAUUCUCAGUCUCUCUCUCUCGGGAGACACCAGUCGCCAUGUCGUCUCAGAUCGGAUGGUGAAGAGGUCCUACAGUUUACGAAUCAAAGCUUUCAUUCCUUCCUCUUUCACUCCAGCGUAGUCCAACAACUUCGCCGACCUCUCAUCUGCAGCAGUCAGAAGUCAGAAAUUGACAAUUGGUAUAGAUAUGGAUCGGAGACGAACCGAAAGUCCGAUAUAUUCCCGGCAGAGGAGCGGCGGUUCUAGCAGCACUGGUUCGUCUUCACCUGCAAGGUCACCCGCUCACCACCAUGCUCGUUCGGCGUCAACGAUGGGUCUUUCCACCAUCAAAAGAACUCAGAACGUCGCAGCAAAAGCUGCAGCGCAGCGACUCGCGCAGGUCAUGGCAUCGCAGACAGCUGACGACGACGACGACGACGAUGACUUAGGCUUCCGAUACAGUGCUCCUCCUCCCUCGUUUUCCAGCACUCUUAACAACAGUAUACCCGCGAUCUCGUCCGCGCGGCCGACUAGAUCCCCGUCGCCUGCGUUAGGUCGGAACUUUGUAGAGCAUACUGCUUCAGUUCGUUCUACCUCAGCUGGACGGCCAUCAAUCUCUGUUCGUUCUACACAAUUGGUACCACCUAGUACUACUAGAACCUCAAUGAGGACCCCAGUUUCCAUACCACCGAUAGAACCUCCUGCAACUAAACAAAGAGAUAAAAGAGGGUUUGUGUCAGAUAUGGGACAUCUUAACUUAAAAGAUUCAGGAAAUCAGCGUGAUGCUUCGGCACUUCAUGACGAGCUUGAUAUGCUACAGGAAGAGAAUGAGAAUAUUCUUGAGAAGCUCCGUCUUGCAGAAGAGAGGUGUGAAGAAGCUGAGGCCAGAGCUAGAGAGCUUGAGAAACAGGUUGCUGCUCUUGGAGAAGGUGUAUCUUUGGAAGCCAAAUUGUUGAGCAGAAAGGAAGCGGCACUGCGUCAAAGAGAGGCUGCUCUUAAAGCCGCAAAACAAUCAAAGGAUGGGAGAGAUGAAGAAGUUGCAGCUCUUCGGUCUGAAGUUGAGAGUGCAAAAGAUGAGGCUGCAGCUGCAGUGGAACAGCUUCGAGAAGUAGAAUCUGAAACAAAAUCUCUUCGCUCAAUGACUCAGAGAAUGAUCUUGACUCAGGAAGAGAUGGAGGAAGUUGUCCUUAAGAGAUGCUGGCUUGCUCGAUAUUGGGGUUUAGCUGUACGACAUGGUAUCUGUGCAGAUAUUGCAGUGUCAAAACAUGAACACUGGUCAUCAUUAGCGCCUCUUCCAUUUGAAGUUGUCAUUUCUGCAGGACAAAAGGCUAAAGAGGAAUCUUGGAUCCAUGGUGAUGUUGAUCCUGAGAAACGGAGCAAACUUGUUCGGGAUUUGAGUGAUCUAACAGCAGAAGGCAAUAUUGAGAGUAUGCUUUCAGUGGAGAUGGGAUUGAGGGAGCUAGCUUCCUUAAAGGUUGAGGAUGCUGUCGUGCUUGCGUUGGCCCAACAUCGGCGUCCAAAUCUGGUUCGACAAUCCGGCUCAGAUCCCAAGUCACCUGGCGAUCCAAAGUUUCUGGAGGCAUUUGAGUUGAGCCAAGAGGAAUCUGAAGAUGUUGCUUUCAAGGAGGCAUGGCUUACAUAUUUCUGGAGACGAGCCAAAGCCAAUGGAGUUGAGGAGGAUAUUGCUGAUGAAAGACUCCAAUCCUGGAUCAGUCGUAGCAACCAAUCACCUACUUCCCAUGAUGCCAUUGAUGCUGAGAGAGGCUUGCUGGAGCUGAGUAAGCUGGGGAUUGAGCAGCAAUUGUGGGAGGCAUCUCGUAAGGAGAUCGAACAAAUGUCAUCCAUCCCUGUAAACGGCCACAAGCCCAUAGCUGAUUCAGAAAGAUCUUGACUAUGGCCAUGCUAAGAUGUUCUUGUAACCUUUGAAGUUUUCACUGCGAUUUUCGGAGUGCCUGAGAAGUGGGGUUUUGUAUAGUGAACUGGAUAUCAAG